AUGUCAGAUUCUAUACCUUACGAAAUCAAACAAACCCCCUCUGACACGAUAUCAUCCCUCUCUACACUGGCAAAAAACCUCGACGAACAUCCUACCAUACCUUCAUUCCUCAAUUCCCUCCUAUCUUCCCAUUUCCCUUCUUCCGUAGAUCCCGAAGACCCUCCAGAUCUCGUAGACUUGGAAAAGACAUUAAACGAAUUAUCAACUCGAUUAUCUCUUUUAUCAUCGGAUACAAGUUCAGGAUUAGAACAAUCGAUUCAUGAUAUUUCUCGAAAUGUUCCUAGGUUAACAUACGAUUUACAAUUCAUGAGGGAAUCUGCUACUGAAUUACAUACUUCUUUAAGUUUGGUACAAGAUGAAUUCGAGACAAAGUCAAGUUUACAAGAUAUUGACAAUGAUAGGAAGGAAGUCAUUUUCGAAGACGAUCAAACACGUACUUUCAAAGCAUUAGAAAAACUCUCUCAUUUAGAUCUUUUGAAAAAUCGUAUGGAAUCUGCUCGUUCGGUGUUACGAGAAGCGGAAUCUUGGUCAACUUUAGAAUCCGAGAUUUCUUCUCUUAUAUCUUCUCAAGAUUGGUUAAAAGCAGGUGAAAGAUUACAAGAAGCAGCUAAAAGUUUAAUCGUAUUUCAAAAUACUCCUCAGGAAUACGAAACUCGUAAAACUCUUUUGACAAGUUUACAAAACCAAUUGGAAACUUCACUCGGUAUGGCUUUGAAAGAAUCUUUGGAGAAAGAAGAUAUUCAACAAUGUUCAGAAUUUUAUAAAGUUUUCGAAAUGAUGGAUAGGUCUUUGGAAUUUCAAUCUUAUUAUUUCACUUCUAGAAGAUAUCAUUUGAUCCAAACUUGGUCAGAGAGUGUGAUAACCGAUACGGGUGAUUAUGGGGAUCCUAAUGGAGUGACAUUUUCCUUUUUUUUGAUCAAGUUUUAUGGAGAUGUUUUAAAGGUUUUGGAGAAAGAAAAAAUUCAAAUACCUCAGAUUUUCCCGAUGGAUCAAGCGGGGAGGAUAUUGGGAAGUUUUAUUCAGACGAUUUUCGAAGGUUUGACACCUUCUAUGCAAAAUAGAUUAACAGGAUUGACAGAUUAUUAUGGUGCUCAAGCAUUACCGGAAUUAAUCAAGUCGUUUAAAGCUACCGAAGAGUUAGGGAUGAACAUUAUGAUAUUGUUAGAUAAAGUUGGAACGGAUAUUCAAGAAAGACAUGUUUCUGGCGAAUCGACGCAAUCACAAAUGUCAAUUUCUUUGACACCUAUCAACCCUACUUCCGUAACACCUACCAAUCCCACAAACCUCAUAACAAGUUUCAACCCUACCCUCAGUCCUAUUGAUCUUAAAACAAAAUCCGGGAUUCUUUCUACUCCUCGAAGAUUCUCAAGAGCAAUCGAAUCUUCAUCCACAAUCCCCAACCAUCCUACAAGAUGGGAAAUCACCCUUUAUGAACCCUUCAUCGACUUACAAACCUCUUAUCCAACAUUAGAACGUCGUUAUCUCUCUCAUAUACUCCGCACACAUCCAACCCUCAACUCUUCCACCAGCCGUAUCGAUCCAGCACAACUUCUGGCAGAACGUGCCCACGCAUUGUUCACAUUAUCCGAAGAAGCGGUGAAGAGAUGUAUCGACUUCACAUUUGGAUACGGCGCCAAAGGUCUGUUGGACUCUUUGAAUGGUUUCUUUGAAGAAUUUUUCGAUAUAAACCAAAAUGUUAUAUUGGAUAUCACCAAGAUGAGUGAGAAGAAUGAGGGGAUGGGGGAUGAAUUGGAUUUGGAAGGAUUAGGUUUAGAUUAUUCUACGGAAGAUUGGGGUAGUUUUCAAAAAGGUUUGAACGUUUUGAAAGAGUGUAAAGGUGUGGAGGAGAGGUUAGGGGAUUUUGAGAAGUUUUUAGGAGAAAAGAUUUUCGAGAAGUCAACACCUGGCGUAAGAAUCUUACUUGAACAAUCUCCUCUCAACUCUCUCGAACUUCAAAAACUUCUUUCUUCUCUUUCUCCCCCAUCUCUAACAGAAGGACAUGACUCACGUGCAAGAGAGUCACUCAAAUCUCUCACUUCGUCCUCUCAGCUAUUCUUACAAUCCAUCAUUCUAUCUCCACUUCUUUCCCUUCUCUCAGAUUACCCCGAACUUCCCAUCUGGUCUCAAGCUGAUAAAAUACCUCGUCGGGGUGAACUUCAAAUCCCAAGUUUUUCUCUCUCACCAACUGACACAAUAGCGAGAGUAUCAGAAGGGUUGUUAAAUCUUCUCCGGGUAUUUGAGGUUUAUGCAGGGGAUAACGGAUUAAGUUAUUCAUUGGAAACUCUACCAUUUGUUGAUCUCACCAAUUUGAUGGAAGAAGAAGAAGAAGUCAUAGGAGAUGUAUUGGAUGAAGAGGCGUUUAGAAAACGUUCAAAUUCCAUUUCUGGAUCCACAGAGAUUUCUCCGACUUUAGGACAAAUAGGGACUUCGAAUGGGACUACGAACGUAGGGAAAGAAACAGGAAAGAUAACACCAACGGGGUUAGUGAAGGGAGAAGGUAAAAAAGAAUUAUCAUCAGAAUCAAUAAUCUCAACUUGGAUAUCUUCUCUAGCUCUAUCAUUCCUUUCUCACCUCACUACCAACGUUUUACCGAAAAUCAAAUCUCUUUCUACUCACGGUGCCAAUCAGAUGGGGUCGGAUUUGGGGUAUUUAAGUAACGCCGUGAGAGCUUUAGAUGUGGAAUGGGAGGAAUUGGAAAGGUGGAAAGAGGUCAUAGGGUUGGAUGAAGUUGGUUGGAGGGAGUUAACCGGGGGUGAGGGGAAAGAAGAAGUUUGGUUGAAAGUUGGUAAGAUGAGAGGGUGGGUUUAG